UAUCUGUUUCUGGUGGCAAUCGUGCGCUAGAAAAACAGUGCUCUUUUAGAUCUCAAGCCGUACACAACUUGCACUGCGCAACCCGGUGCGCUUGAAUAUCGUGAAGUUACAAGUUUUUUUUCCGUCAUCUCCAGCAAACAAUGGCAAAAAUGAAUUGCCUAGUGUUUCUGCUACUUUUCGGGUGCCAACUACUGAUCAAGGCCGAUGAUCUCCUAGAUUCGGAGGAACCUCCUGAGGGAUACUAUGCUUUUAUAGAAUCGCCUUCUGCUGUCCCACCCAAGGUUCGCUCGCCGCCUUACACUCAUAUCAAUGUCGAUUGCAAGGAUGCCAACAAUCCUAAGCCGUAUGUGUCUGCUAACAACCUGUGCGGUGACUUGAACAAGGGUAAAAUUCCACGUAACCCUAUGCGACAGAGCGUACUGGGCGAACCCUAUCCAUUCGAGCUUAUUCGGAAUCAAACACUGAAAUUUUUAUCCAAAACGUUGCCUGUGCUGAAAGCUGAUGACACAUUACCCAAAGUUACUCAAAUUCUGCCGAAUGACUCCGUAGACCAGUUUGAUGAUAAUGGUAUUGGUCGUCGUAUGGGCAAAGGAAUCCGUAUGCAUGAAGAACCCAAAGACGAAGAAGAACCUCGAAUGCCCAGAAAAUUUUGCGACGGUGGUGGUGUGUUUUGUGCUCUGUAUCGCGCUGUACAGGGUGAACCUAUCAGCAGUAAGCUGGUCGCAGAACGACGUGAAGAAAUUUCCAGCGCUUAUCCACCUCCACCCCGUUAUGAAGGACCACCCACACCCUGUCCAGCGAAGGUAGAGUACGCUACCCCUGUGUUCGCCAAAAACUAUCAAGGCUCCUGGCGAUACGUUGUGCAGAUUCCUUACGAGGGGUAUUUCACCCAAACAGUGGAAGUAACGCGAUGUCUACAAGCGCGUUGCCAUUAUCUUGACGGAGGGUGUUUGUCAUCUCCUCGCUGGGUCAGUUUGUUGGUUGCUGAAAUAUUCUAUCCAAAUGCUGAAGACUAUACUACGUCUACCUCCACGACAACCACGCCUUCUGUCCAGGAUUUCCAGGCCUAUCAACAGUAUUUGCAGAAGAGGGCAGGUCUUCCAACUGCCUCCGAAGGGACCUCUUACGAAAAUAACAGCAACCAUGCGACUCGUAAGCAGGAUCAACAUUGUGAUGGUCAUGAUGAGAUUGGGUGCUUCCAAGUACGACUCUAUUACGAUUGGUUCUUAAUACCGGGAUCAUGCAAAUGCUGGAGACCGGAUUAUUUUGCAAAGUACGUGCGAAAACGACCAACUCCUGAGCUGUAGAUGAAGUGUUCUUAACCCAAGCAGAAAGUUGUUACGUGCGAUUACUGAAAGGACUGCAAACUUAUUUAUUUAUUUUAUUAUUUAUUCAGAUCAAAUUAGAUAUGUAAAUGCUAGGAAAUAGUGCAAAUUCAAGUUGGAUAUUGUUCGGGUAUAUCACUCAAACACGCUUCACGGUACGCGUUCUGGUGUAUUGUGCGAAGUAUGUAUUCCUAUUUUUCCCUGUUGUUCUCUCCUGUCUAUGCUUCGGUUUUGUGGGAAAUCUAUCACUGUGCUGUACGCUUCCGCGUAAAUUUAAGGGUCCCAAUUCACUCGAGGUUUAACGCAACCAUAUUGUAUUGGUGGCUACAUAACUGAAUGAGAAUAUUACUGUAAGCGUAUAAAAUAUAGCUUAGGUUGUAAGAAAUAUCUCAGAAAAUGGAACGAAAGGAAGAAGUUACAUGUAAAUAUACAUAUUUUUAAAAUACA